UAAUCAGUCACCCUGGUGUUCCACUCCACUUAUCAAACCGUGUCGCGUGUGUAUUGAAUCAUACGCAAUCAAGAUAAGGAGCGGGUGUGUCUACAUCUUUUCCUGGCCCCUUGGCACAGAGUUUACUGCCAAACAGCUACAAACCACUUAAAAUGAGUCAUUUGACUUGGCUGCCCCAUAUCGGCAUUUGACUUUGAUAAAACGUACACCUGAGAAAAAAACACCAAAAUGCCACCCUUUUGUUGUGGUGGCAGACGCUGUGCGAAGGAUCUGGAAAGGGAAGAACUAAAUGAAGGUGGUCGCGAAUCACUUAGGGAAACUAUAUACACUACGACUGCGGAAUAUGAACGUCCGCUGGCCCUUAAGUUUUACGCCCGCCACGACUGGCCAUAUUUCAAUUGCACCAGCCAAGAGGUGCGGCACUUACGGGAGAAACUUGACCCGGGGUCACUGAAGAAUAGCCAAAAAAUAGCCAGCCACGAUGAGGGUAUUGAGGAGGCAUACGAAUUGAAGCAUUUGACGCCGCAGCCAAUGACAGUCAAUCAGAUCUACGGAUGGUACUCGGAUAGAGCUCCCCGCUAUCUUAAAUGUGAUCGGGGAACAUUCGUGUUUCCCCACGAGAAUGAUCCAAUGAUUGAACAAAUUUUAAGAAACAAGCUCAAACGCUCUUAAAGAUUUAGCCGUGUUUAAAAUUUUAGUUUGUUAAUAGAAAUAUAAUUCCGAUUCGACAGAU